AUGCCCGCCUUGAAGGUCGCCGUUGAGGCCUCUCAGCGCUCUGGGCAGUCGUUCAAGGUGAUCACCGCCACCCUGGAUGCGAGCAACUUGGCGCAGGUGGAUGCUGCCGUCGCCAAAGUGAAGACAGCGUCUGGGCGGCUGGACAUCCUCGUGAAUAACGCAGGUUACCUUGGCGCGUACGGCCUCGUUCAAGGGGACUCGGAUCCACAAGAGGCGUGGAAGGCCUGGUCGGUGAAUGUGCUAGGCGCGUAUGCAGUGACACGCGCGUUCUUGCCCCUUCUGCUGGAGAGUGUGGACAAGAUAAUCGUCAAUAUCGGCAGUCUUGCCGGGCUCGCGAAGACGCCUAAUCUCCUUGCUCACUUGGUGCGUUUUACUUGGAAUUUCCAGCAGCUGCUGAUGACAGAGUGCGGCGAGAAGGGCAUUGUAGCGCACUUCGUCUACCCCGGUGUGAUUGAAACUGACAUGGCGAAUCAAGUUCCCGAAGUCAAGGUGGGUGGGUUUGGUAUUAUCGACCCACCCAAAUUGCUUGCGCACGCGCUUGUUUGGCUCGUACGCGAACGGCAGGAGUGA